AUGUUGUCACAGAGAGGCUCACUCACAGGCCCCGGUUGGGUAGAGUACGAUCCCAAUUCGGCACCUCAGGUUGUGGUGGAAGCAGCCCCUGAGGCCGUUAUACGGAUGCACGAUUUCGGUAUAGGCAACGAUGGUGUCAUAGACACCCACAGCCCCCCCAGCGACAUUGUUACUCCGGAAUCCUGCUUCGGUACGCGCCUGUGGAAGCAUAGAAGGAUACUUAUCGUUAUCGCUUUGCUGCUUCUCUCGGCCAUAGUAGUCCCCAUCGUUGUAAUACAGGCGAUAAACAUGAGCAGGCAGCAAUAUCAGGAAAAUGGCCCAGGCAGUGGCUUCUCGACUACAUUGGCUGCCUCUACUACUACCGCAAAGCACUAUUCAACGGCCAUGCUCCUAUCACCGACUUCUACUUCGAAACCAGCUUCUAGGUGCGAUUCUGCAAUAUUCCGUCGCGAUGUCAAUUGGAUAGGCAUCUUUGGCGGCAGCGAUUGGAAGUACAACCUGACUUCAGCUCAUAACCCUCAAGAAUGCUGCAACACCUGCUAUCACCAUGUUCCCGAAGGCUGUAAUGGCUGGCUAUAUGUGGAAACAGACACCAAUACUCCCCCUUGCAACAUCAUCCUUGGAUAUCCCGGUCCUAACCAAAGCAAAUCAUGUCCAAGAGGCUAUCCAGACCUCGUCUUCAACAACGCUAUCAAGACUCUGCCUCCCGGUGAAGGAGGGGCCGGCCCAUGCACGGACAAAAUCAUGGGAUGA